AUGGAUUCAACAGAGAUCUUUGUCGGUUCUAUCGACCAGGGGACCACCAGCACCAGGUUUCUAAUCUUCAAUCGUGAGGGAGAGCCCGUGGCAUCGCAUCAGGUCGAAUUCCAGCAGAUAUAUCCUCAUCCGGGAUGGCACGAGCACGACCCGCUUGAGCUUGUGUCUUCGGUGGAGGCAUGCGUCGAAGAAGCUGUCCAACAAUUCGAGGUCAAUGGAAACGAUCGGCAGUCCAUCAAGGCCGUCGGUAUCACCAAUCAGCGAGAGACUACAGUUGUCUGGGAUUACGAAACCGGAAAGCCACUUUACAAUGCGAUUGUCUGGACGGAUACCCGCUCGCAAGCCGUUGUCGACGAGCUCAAAAAGAAGCCCGAGGCCUCACAACUGCAACAAAUUUGUGGUCUACCACUUACGACCUACUCCUCCUCUUCCAAGCUUCUUUGGAUGCUUACCAACGUCCGCACAGUCAGAGAUGCGUACGAAAAGGGCACAUUGGCGUUUGGAACCGUGGAUUCCUGGCUGGUCUACCGAUUGAACGGCGGAAGUAAAGCCAAUGUCUUCGUCUCUGAUUGUACGAAUGCAUCUCGCACAAUGUUCAUGAACCUCGAAACACUCGAAUAUGAUAAUUUCUUGUUAGAUUUCUUCGGCAUCAGAGGACGAGUACAUCUGCCCAAAAUUGUUCCCUCCUCCGAUGUAUCGGCCUACGGUGCACUCUCCACCGGCUGCCUUGCAGGUGUCCCCAUAAUGGGCUGCCUCGGAGAUCAGUCUUCGGCUCUUGUAGGGCAGAAGGGCUUCUCCCCAGGCAUGGCCAAGAACACGUACGGCACAGGAUGUUUUCUGUUGUACAACGUCGGAGACAAGCCGGUUAUCUCCAAGCACGGCCUUCUGGCGACUAUAGCGUACAACUUCGACGGACGACCUGUGUAUGCUCUUGAAGGGAGCAUUGCAGUCGGCGGGUCUGGGAUCAAGUUCCUGCAGAACAACCUGGAGUUCUUCAAAGAGUCCAAGGAAGUCAAUGAUUUAGCCCUAACCGUGGAAGAUAAUGGUGGUUGCGUCUUCGUCACCGCGUUCAGCGGGCUCUACGCCCCGUACUGGAUUGACGACGCAAAGGGAACCAUAUUCGGAAUUACCCAAUACACACAGAAAGGUCACAUCGCGCGAGCCACCCUAGAAGCAACCUGUUUCCAGACCAAGGCGAUCCUGGACGCUAUGGAGAAAGACAGCGGGCACGCCCUAUCCGAGCUCGCCGUCGACGGGGGAAUGAGCAAUUCAGAUCUCGCAAUGCAGAUCCAAGCCGACCUCAUCUCCAUCCCCGUCUACCGCCCCAUGAUGCGCGAAACCACCGCCCUGGGCGCCGCAAUCGCCGCAGGCCUAGCCGUCGGCCUCUGGCGCAACUUCGCCGAGCUUCGUGAUAUCAACCGCGGCGGCGGCACCGUCUUCCGUCCCCAGAUAAACAUUGACAAGAGCCGCGAGCAGUUUGGUCUCUGGGAGAAAGCCGUCAAUAUGUGUAGGGGAUGGCUAGGCGAUAAGUCUCAGUCCAGCGAACAGCAGAAUGGUCUGAAAGAAAAGACGACUCAGACGGUUGGUCUGAGUAAAGGUGGCAGCGGCGUUGUGGAUGCGGCUUCUACUACUGCGACCAGCAUGAACAUCCUAUCAUCGCCACCCCCGCCGAAGCUAAACGGGGAACUGGUGCUGUCCAAGGCUGCGCCGUGGAUCAAUAUCUCGGGCGAUUUAGGUGAUGCGGAUGACCAGGAUUUGUUCCUGGAGUUGAGGAAGUUGGAGAUUCUGCAGCGGUUGAAGAGGAUGGGGAAGGUCAAGGUUACGUAUCUUUGA